GUAAACAAACACUGCGAGAAAGGUCACUCUGAUAAGACACUUCUAUAAUCUCAAAAGUAUCGAAAAUAGGACUCACAAAUGCCUUUCCAGCAGGCGGGGGCAGCAGAGGUGCUCAGAGCAGCCCAAAAAGAUGAAAGUUUUCUCAAUCACUUGAAAAGCUGUCUCUCAGACAUUGUCCAAAGAUCAUUUGGAACAAGAGUGUGGCUUGAUAUUCACAAAUAUGUUGAAGUUCUGUGUGAGUUAACAUAUUACAGCCUGACUACCCUAUCCUUGCGGCAAACCCUAGGGGAGGAGUACACAGGGGUUCUACAAGUAGGCAGAAACAGGCAAAGACUUCCUAAUGCUCCAGAAAGAAUCAUGAUGAUAGCCCUGCAAUGCUUUGGCCCAGAAGUGAUACGAAGGCUGAUGGGGAAGCUAGAAGACUCGUUAAGAGCUGGUCACCUGUCAACGUACCUGAGGCCAGAGCUGAAGAACUUCCUUCUGCUGCAGAUGCCAGCCAUUAGAUAUUCGAUGACACUUCUUCACCGCAUCCACUUGGCCAUUUUCUACUUCAGUGGAGCCUUUUAUCACAUUUCCAAAAGGAUGACAGGAGUGAAAUAUGUGUUAGUGCGUGAGUGGUUAGGUGACAGCAGUGCUCGCAAGUCCUUCCAGAUCCUGAGUAUGGUGCUUCUCACACACAUUUUCCUCACCACUGUGUACUCUGCUUACACCUUCCUCUUCACCAAGACUGCACCUGAGAAUAAGCAGCCAUCUGCAAAUUGUUAUGUAGAGAGCAAAGACCAGUGCUCCCUCUGCCUAGACAAGCGACAACAUUCCUCAAUAACUCCCUGUGGUCACCUGUUCUGUUGGCAAUGCAUCCAGGAGUGCUUGCAAACCAGCCAACAGUGUCCUUUGUGCAGGCAUCCUGCAAAACCUUCACAGAUUGUUGCUUUGCUCAAUUAUGAUUGAACGUACAUACUGAUGAAGAUAUAGUAUAAUCAAUUUUUUUUAUUUAUCUUUAUAUGGCAUGUAUGAAUAGGUAAUACUAGGUUCUUAUAUGGAACUACAAAGGGUCACAAGUUCCUUUGUUUUUAUGAUUUUUGUUAUUAUUAUUAUUAUUGUUACCAUUUUUAUAAUGCUAACAUAAUUUGUAAUUAUUGCACAAAACAUACAAAUUCCAUUAUAAUCAUCAUCUUGUACAGUACAUUGGUUUUCUGUUAAUGUACACUACCCUUCAUUUGAAAGAUUACCUCUAAAGGGUGAAUGAUUAAAUGGCUCAAUUUGGAAAGCUAGCAUACCCACCUCCCUUUUUCUCAGGGCAAAUUGAUUGCAUAGGAGGUAUCCUAUCCUUGCAUCUCACGACUAGGCAGUUAAUCAGGUUGCUAUGACUAAAGUUUGCAGAGGCCAUGAAACAGGAUUCCUUCAGCUGGUGCCCUUAGGCCAACAUUGUACUAUUGAUCUAGAGUUGCCUUUGAUGGGUAUUCUGAAAGUUCAUGCAAAUUGAAGCUAUUUGUGCAUUCAGUUUUGGGGGUAAAAAUUUGACUGGCAGGUACAGUAUAUAUGAAUGAUUCAUUCCGAUACUGUAUGAGACCAAUUUUUUUUAUUUUAUUACUAUGAAUAUAUAUGAAAAAAUAGAAAAAAAAGUGUUAUUAAAAUUCAUAUAGUUUCAGAAAAGUUACAUCAGUUUUAGUCAUUUCUAUAUCCUUUGGUGACAUACAUGUAUUUUAUACAUUAUCUUGGCUCAUCUCUAUAACUCAGGUAAUGCUAGCUGCUUAUUAUCUUUUAUGCUUUUGUUGUGAACAAAGUUACUUUAGAGGAUGUGAAAAAGCAAAGCUUGUAUAUACAGAUAUAUUAUACUAUUAAAAAUAAAUUAUAUCUGAAUU